UCGGUUCAAUUUGAUAACUUGUAUUCGAACUUUAGACUGAGUGGCUGAUCAAAUAUUAGAACUUUGAAUUGUGUACUAAUCAUCCAUUGAGAACUUCCAAUGCAUAAAAUGUUUUUACUCUCAUUUUUCGUGCUCUGAUUUUGAAGAUCUUCGCUGUAGUCGAGGUUCCCGACUGUUACAUAUAUGAUUUACUUUGUGUCAGUUGAACAAAGCUGCAAAUAUUCAGGUGCUUUCUAGACAAUCGCCUUACAAAUCGAAGAUUCUAUGCUAAAAUAUAAGUAAUGAAAGAAAACUUUUGGAAUAAAAUAGAUGAAUAACAUCAUUUUACCCACCUUCUGAAGUAUUAUCUGUUCAUCGGUGAGCCUCAUGAAAAUAACAUAAUUGAACCGGAACAACAGCAUACAUCCACUGAUGUUUAAAAUAUAGGUACAGAUCACUUUCUGAUGUUGUCAUGACUGUUUCUAAACGUCGACAUUGGUCAUACAUUUCGUCCAUUGACAUUUAUUUAUUUACAUCUUUAAAAAGUGUCGGCAGUCUACUCUUCUACAUAUUCCUUUUCUGUUUUUUUUUCUAUUUAACAUAUUUCGACAACUCCAUUUUGUGUAACUCACAUACAUUUUCGUAGAAAAUAGGGAGUGUAAGUUUAAAGGGGAAGUUUUGCUGCUCAGCUCCCGCAACCUCAUCCCCAUUACAGACAUUAGCAAGCCUGCAAAACCUAAAUGAAAUUGUUUUUGUUUCGAUCGAUUGCCUUGCAAAACAACUAAAAUGUGCAAUACAUUUCACACCAAAGACCGAAAAUGAAUCGAAUUGAAUCAAAAGUUUUCAAACAUUAUGUUAAAUCGAAUCGAAUUAAACAUAGGCUUGUAACAGUUCAGAACUGGUAGCUGUCGUAGGUCUAAUUGAACAUAAAUUUUAUUCAGACGAAUCGAAUCGAAUCGAAUAAUAUAUUUGACAAGCUAGGUCGAGUAGAAUCGAGCUCAGUUGAAAUUUUCUCAUUUGUUUCUGUCUCUGUUUUAUACUGUAUCUAUUGUGUGUUAGUAGAAUUAGACGAAAAGUCAUAUGUGAGUUUCACACAUUAGCCCUAAAGAGGCUGCGUUAACAAGGUUUUUUUCUUUGUAUCUUCAAAAUGUGUUCUUUAGAGUGAGUCAAUUGGAAAACCAUUUAUAUCAGCAGACUAUCAUAUUAUUGUUGAUUGUUCAAAUGUAUUUAUUGGCUCUCAAAAAAUACGUGAUCCAACAACUGGAGCUACUCGACAAAAUUUAGCUAUUCAUGUAAAUGUUAAGAAUCUUGUUAGAGUACUUGAAGACGAUAAAUUAAAGAUAUAUAUUAAAACACGUAUUGCUGGUGGAAGUAAACCACCAGAAAAUUUGCCGGUUUGGAAUGAAUGGGCAUCUUGUGGUUAUAAAUGCAUAGUGGCUGAGCGUUCAAAGAGUGGCCGAGAAGACGGUGUGGACGAUAUGUUGCAUGCUCACAUAUUACAACUCCUUCAUAAUUAUAAAGAUACUCAGACUAGAUCACAAGUUCUUGUUUUGGUUACUGGCGAUGGAAAUAGAAACGAUAAUAAAACGAGUUUUCCUGAUACUCUAGAGAGAGUAUUAACAAGUGAUUGGAGCGUGGAACUUUGGUCAUGGAAACAAUCAUUGAACCAAUGUUAUUUUGGUAUUCAGAAAUUCUUUCCAAGUCGAAUGACAAUUAAAUAUUUAGAUUCUUAUAGAAACA